AUGUAUAUGGACAUACACAUUAUUAUUAUUAUUACUUUCAUAGUAAAUAAUGACAAGGUGGAAGAGAAGGCCGGACCCGAGCUGCGUCACCAGGCCCUGGAGCUGCAUCACCAGGCCCUGGAGCUGCGUCACCAGGCCCUGGAGCUGCGUCACCAGGCCCUGGAGCUGCGUCACCAGGCCCUGGAGCUGCGUCACCAGGCCCUGGAGCUGCGUCACCAGGCCCUGGAGCUGCGUCACCAGGCCCUGGAGCUGCGUCACCAGGCCCUGGAGCUGCGUCACCAGGCCCUGGAGGUGCGUCACCAGGCCCUGGAGCUGCGUCACCAGGCCGGACCCGAACUGCGUCACCAGGCCCUGGAGCUGCGUCACCAGGCCCUGGAGCUGCGUCACCAGGCCCUGGAGCUGCGUCACCAGGCCCUGGAGCUGCGUCACCAGGCCCUGGAGCUGCGUCACCAGGCCCUGGAGCUGCGUCACCAGGCCCUGGAGCUGCGUCACCAGGCCAUGGAGCUGCGUCACCAGGCCCUGGAGCUGCGUCACCAGGCCCUGGAGCUGCGUCACCAGGCCCUGGAGCUGCGUCACCAGGCCCUGGAGCUGCGUCACCAGGCCCUGGAGCUGCGUCACCAGGCCCUGGAGGUGCGUCACCAGGCCCUGGAGCUGCGUCACCAGGCCCUGGAGGUGCGUCACCAGGCCCUGGAGCUGCGUCACCAGGCCCUGGAGCUGCGUCACCAGGCCCUGGAGCUGCGUCACCAGGCCCUGGAGCUGCGUCACCAGGCCCUGCGUCACCAGGCCCUGGAGCUGCGUCACCAGGCCCUGGAGCUGCGUCACCAGGCCCUGGAGCUGCGUCACCAGGCCCUGGAGCUGCGUCACCAGGCCCUGGAGCUGCGUCACCAGGCCCUGGAGCUGCGUCACCAGGCCCAGCUGCGUCACCAGGCCCUGGAGCUGCGUCACCAGGCCCUGGAGCUGCGUCACCAGGCCCUGGAGCUGCGUCACCAGGCCCUGGAGCUGCGUCACCAGGCCCUGGAGCUGCGUCACCAGGCCCUGGAGCUGCGUCACAGGCCCUGGAGCCGUCACCAGGCCCUGGAGCUGCGUCCACAGGCCCUGGAGCUGCGUCACCAGGCCCUGGAGCUGCGUCACCAGGCCCUGGAGCUGCGUCACCAGGCCCUGGAGCUGCGUCACCAGGCCCUGGAGCUGCGUCACCAGGCCCUGGAGCUGCGUCACCAGGCCGGACCCGAGCUGCGUCACCAGGCCCUGGAGCUGCGUCACCAGGCCCUGGAGCUGCGUCACCAGGCCCUGGAGCUGCGUCACCAGGCCCUGGAGCUGCGUCACCAGGCCCUGGAGCUGCGUCACCAGGCCCUGGAGCUGCGGCCCUGGAGCUGCGUCACCAGGCCCUGGAGCUGCGUCACCAGGCCCUGGAGCUGCGUCACCAGGCCCUGGAGCUGCGUCACCAGGCCCUGGAGCUGCGUCACCAGGCCCUGGAGCUGCGGCCCUGGAGCUGCGUCACCAGGCCCUGGAGCUGCGUCACCAGGCCCUGGAGCUGCGGCCCUGGAGCUGCGUCACCAGGCCCUGGAGCUGCGUCACCAGGCCCUGGAGCUGCGUCACCAGGCCUGA